GAAAGAAAGAAAAGUUGAAGCUACAGGCCUCAGAAACAGUUCCAUCUUUUUAAAAGCCUCUUUGGUUGGUCUGGUCUCGGGACCUGGUCCGGGUGGAGGGUGGUGGUCUGGGGGGUGUGUGGGGGGGUAAAGUGGGAGGUUUCUGUCUCUGCUCUCCUAUAGGCCGCCUCCUCCGUCCGUCAGCCAGAGGACGCGCUCCGGUUGGCUGCAGGAGGCUUCAUCAGGAGGCGGAUCCGCAGGUGUGUCCUCCUCCUCUUCCUCCUCCUCCUCCUCUUCCUCCUCCUCUCAUAGAGUCCUAGAGGCGGAGAGAAGGUGAUCAAUCUCCAUCCGUCUCCGUCUCCAUUAGAAAUCACCUUAAACACUCUGACAGACAACCACAAGACAACCACAAGACAACCACAAGACAACCACGAGUCCACUGAAAGAAAACCACUUUACUUUAUUAGAAACACCUGGAACCGACCGAACCGAGCUGAUACCUGCUGAUACCUGCUGAUACCUGCAACCGGGUUCUGGGCUCCGUGAUGUCUCUCCGGUUCCGGUUCUUACCUGGUUCUGGUUCUGGUUGUGGUUGGGUUUGAGUUUGGAGCCCUGCAGACUGCUGCAGACUGCUGCAGACUGCAGACUGACUGCUGCUGGAUACUUUUACUGCUGCUCGACUCUUGUUGGAGAAGAAGAGACGCGGAGAACAAACAAGUGACUUGGCUCGGCCUCCUGUCCACGUCAAGCUGCAGCAUCAUCGAGGUAAACCGAGCCACUGGCCUGAGCUGGAGCUGGGUGGAGCAGUGAGCGCCUGUAGCAUGAUGUCCUACCUCAAACAGCCUCCAUACGGAGUCAACGGCCUGGGGCUCAGCGGAGCAGCCAUGGACCUGCUGCACCCAUCCGUGGGAUACCCCUCGACCCCCAGGAAGCAGCGUCGUGAGCGGACCACCUUCACCCGGUCCCAGCUGGACAUCCUGGAGGCUCUGUUCGGUAAGACCCGGUACCCGGACAUCUUCAUGAGGGAGGAGGUCGCUCUGAAGAUCAACCUGCCGGAGUCACGAGUCCAGGUGUGGUUCAAGAACCGGAGGGCCAAGUGUCGGCAGCAGCAGCAGAGCGGCAACAGUGCCAAAGCCAGGCCGCCAAAGAAGAAGUCCUCUCCGGCUCGGGAGAGCACCGGCUCCGAGAGCAGCGGCCAGUUCACGCCUCCCGCCGUCUCCAGCACGGGGUCGUCCUCGUCUUCGUCCUCCUCCACCAAUCACACGGGCCCGGCGGCGCUCAGCAGCACCUCUACCUCCAUCAGCACCGUGUCCUCCAUCUGGAGCCCCGCCAUCUCCCCCGGAAACGCUCCGGCUCCCGCAGCGGCCCCGCUCCCUGAGCCCGGACCCCCUUCCAACGCCUCCUGUAUGCAGCGUUCGAUGUCGGGCUCCGCCGCCGCCGCCACCUCCUACCCCAUGUCCUACAACCAGACGCCGGGCUACGGCCAGGGCUACCCCGCCCCGUCCAGCUCUUACUUCAGCGGCGUGGACUGCGGCUCCUACCUGGCCCCCAUGCACUCCCACCACCACCCCCACCAGCUCAGCCCCAUGACGGCCUCGUCCAUGUCGGGCCACCCGCACCACCACAUCAGCCAGUCGUCGGGCCACCACCACCAUCACCACCACCACCAGGCCUACGGCGGCUCCGGCCUGGCCUUCAACUCCUCCGACUGCCUGGAUUACAAAGAGCAGACUGCGGCCUCCUCGUGGAAGCUCAACUUUAACACCACGGACUGCUUGGACUACAAAGACCAGGCCUCCUGGAGGUUCCAAGUCUUGUGAUCAGCCCUCUUUUCCCCCUCCUCCUCCUCCUCCUCCUCUUCCUCCCUGCUCGUCAGCUCCCUCUUAUUUUCCAGAUUAGCCCAUUGCUUGUUUUGAAAAGACAAAGUUUAUGAACCUUAAGAUAAGCAGAUAGCAGCCGGAACGUUUGCUCCCUCUCGUCCUCCAACGUCUUUUAAAAAAUACACACAAAAAAAAGAAGAGAAACAUUCCCUGAAGUUUCCUGACGAUGAAGAACGGGUUUUUAAGACGCUCAUUCUUGGAUGACCUUAAGAAAACUUUUUCAAAACUACAAAAAAAGAACCAAUCAAACUCCUUUUGACCAGCAGCUCUCUGGACGGGAGGAAUACUUUCCCCUCUGGUGCAGCGACAGGAACUUUCCUGCCGUGCUGCUCCUCGUUACCUCCGAACCCAAGAUCCUGUAUAGUUUUUAUUAUUUUAGGAUGACAGAGAUUUUUAGUCAGCGCCGCCGAGGAGUUGAAAUAUGUAAAUAUGUAUUUGGGUCAGUUACAGUGACCAUGUUUAGUUGGUGUUUUUUUGUUUUUUUUCGAAUUUGAAAUUGUUUAUUACCACAAAAAAGAAGAAAAAAAACCUGUAUGUAAAUCUUUCCAAAUAUUCCAAAGAGAACAAAUUGGCCAUAAAGUUCAGCUUUUAUAUAAAUAAUGUUUUUGGCAAUUUGAGGGAGAAAAAAAAUCUAAAGUAUAGAUGCAGAACUACUCUGGGCUUUUGUCCAGUUUGUUUUCCGGAUAUUAUUAUUAUUAUUAUUAUUAUUAUUAUUAUUAUUCUAACCUCUAUACAUUCUCAAACCAGACCUCCUCUCUCUUGUCGUGAUAUUGGACAUGUUGGAACCGCAGCACUUGGCUUGAUAUUGGAGUCAGAGCAUUUUUAUUUUUUUUUUGGAGAGGAAAUGUGGAAUUUAUAGCUCCAAAAAUGACAGUAAGAUGUUGAAUGUAUCUUUAAAGGCGAACCACCCUUACAUACAUGUUCAUCCAAUAAAGAUCCGUUAAGUCAUA